AUGUCCAAGCACUUAGAGAUCAUAAAUCUGUCAUUUUUGUUGGAUCAUGAAAGGGAAACAAUAUUGGGAGUACUGAAGAGAGAUGAGUAUCUGAAAAAAGUUGAAGAUAAAAGGAUAAGGAAAUUGAAAAAUGAGCUUCUGGAAGUGAGAAGGAAAGGUGGAAACCGUCAUUGUCAACAGGACAACAGCAGGGUCUGUGUUCGCUGUCAGAAAAGCCUGGGCUUGAUCUUUGACAGAGGGGACUUGUGCCAAACCUGCAAACUCCGAGUUUGCAACACGUGUCGCGAUGUGGGAGCCGAUGGGCAGUGGAAGUGCUCCCUGUGCGCCAAGAUUGUACAGCUACGGAUAGUGACAGGAGAAUGGUUUUUUGAAGAGAGAGCAAAGCGCUUCAAACAAUCAAAUCUUGGAACCGAUGUUGUCAGACAGUCUAUCCUACACAAAUUCCCAGAUCCGGUUUCCAGUAAGGAUGAAGGAAGAACAGUUAAAGAUCAGCCCCAAGAGAAUGAAGAAAAAAAGCCAGAUGUAUCUGUCUCCUGCACAACUGGGCAUAAAUCAGUCUUCAGCAAACCUAAAAAGAUAGGGAAGGUACUUAGGGGGGUUACCAAAGGAGAAAUUACAAAUGCAAAAGAUGAAAAUGAAAGGAACACAGUCACAGAAGCUGAAACCCAAAGUCUGCGCAGUGACAAGUCAACGCCAUGUUCUGAGAGGGGGAGCACCCUUUCACUGACCAGCAGCAAUGUAGGGGCUGUGGGUCCUGUGAGCAGAGGCAAUGUUUCCAUACCUUCCCUGCCGAGGUCUCCAGCACUCAGCACACGCAGCAUGACCACAGAUUAUAGCAGGGACACUGGCUUAGAAAAUGGCAUGGUUAUUCCAGCAAGUGAAAGUGUACCUGAAGAUUUAGUAAAGAAACACUGUAGGAAGGCAUCUGGAACGCCUUCCAUUGCAGUUUCUAGGGUAUCUUUGUCAUCAGAUCGUAGCCGAUCUGAGAUAGAUCUGAGUGAAUCUUUCUCUGAAGAACAUGAGGACACACUGAGCGUAAGAAGCAAAUCUGUACCUAGUGCCUUAGAUCAGGAACUGGAUUAUCAGGAUGAAACAGAAGAAGAUAUUGAUGAUAUAGUGACCUCUCAUUAUUCAAGGCAACAUGGACAUUUGACAAGUGGAUUAUCAACAAACUCCUCAGAAGGCUCCAACAGAAAAUGGACAUAUUUAAAUGUUCCUGAAACAGACGGUGAUACUACUAGCAUUAACAGCAUGUUGAGUGUAUAUAGUGAAACUGGUGACUAUGGCAACGUGAAGGUCAGUGGUGAAAUCCUUCUCAACAUCAACUACAGCUACAAAACAGGUGCCCUCAACAUCCUUGUGAAAAGUUGCCGAAACCUGGCCAUUGCAGAUGAGAAGAAGCAAAGGACCGAUCCAUAUGUCAAAGCAUACCUUCUGCCUGAUAAAUCCCGCCAAAGUAAACGCAAGACCAAAAUUAAAAGUAACAGCACCCAUCCAGAAUUUAAUGAAACGCUGAAGUAUGUCAUCAGUCACACACAGCUAGAAACCAGGACCCUGCAGCUUUCUGUUUGGCACUAUGACAGAUUUGGACGCAACAGCUUCCUUGGGGAGGUGGAAAUUCCGUUUGAUUCCUGGAACUUUGAAAAUCAGGGUGAUGAGUGGUUUGUGCUCCAGCCCAAGGUGGAGGUUGUGACAGACGUUGGGCUUCAAUAUAAAGGAGAACUGACAGUUGUUUUACGUUACAUUCCCCCAGACAGAAACCUAAUGCUUCCUCUAGGGCAGUUCCAAGGAAAGAAGAGCUUUAAAAAGGGGAAAAAGGGAAGCUCUCACAUGCCAUCUGGAGGUAUAUUAGAAGUCCUCAUCAAAGAAGCAAAGAAUUUGACAGCAGUGAAAUCAGGAGGCACAUCUGACACUUUUGUGAAAGGAUACCUGCUCCCAGAUGACAGCAAAGCUACAAAACACAAAACGCCCAUAAUAAAAAAGAGUGUGAACCCCCAGUGGAAUCAUACCUUUGCUUUCAGUGGCUUGAGUUCAAGGGAUAUACAUAAUGUCUGCUUAGAGUUGACUGUGUGGGACAAGGAGUCACUCUCCAGUAAUAUUUUUUUGGGAGGUGUUCGUCUGAGCACUGGAAAUGGUGUCAGUAAUGGCAAGGAGGUUGACUGGAUGGACUCUCAAGGGGAAGAACAGCGUCUCUGGCAGAAGAUGAUUGACAGUCCAGGAGCUCCUGUGGAGGGAAUACUAAUGCUGAGAUCCAGCAUGGGAAAACGCAGACUCUGA